AUGACCGGCCACCACGGCUGGGGCUACGGCCAGGACGACGGCCCCUCACAGUGGCACAAGCUGUAUCCCAUUGCCCAGGGAGACCGCCAAUCACCCAUCAAUAUCGUGUCCAGCCAGGCUGUGUACUCGCCCAGCCUGAAGCCACUGGAGCUUUCCUACGAGGCCUGCACGUCCCUCAGCAUUGCCAACAAUGGCCACUCUGUCCAGGUGGACUUCAAUGACAGCGAUGACCGAACUGUGAUGGCUGGGGGCCCCCUGGAUGGGCCCUACCGGCUCAAGCAGUUCCAUUUCCACUGGGGCAAGAAGCACAGUGUGGGCUCAGAGCACACGGUGGACGGCAAGUCGUUCCCCAGCGAGCUGCACCUGGUUCAUUGGAAUGCCAAGAAGUACAGCACCUUUGGGGAGGCCGCGUCCGCGCCCGAUGGCCUGGCUGUGGUCGGUGUCUUCCUGGAGACGGGGGACGAGCACCCCAGCAUGAACCGUCUGACAGAUGCACUCUACAUGGUUCGGUUUAAGGGCACCAAGGCCCAGUUCAGCUGCUUCAACCCCAAGUGUCUCCUGCCCACCAGCCGGCACUACUGGACCUACCCCGGGUCCCUGACGACGCCCCCACUGAGCGAGAGUGUCACCUGGAUCGUGCUCCGGGAGCCCAUCAGCAUCUCUGAGAGGCAGAUGGAAAAAUUCCGGAGCCUGCUUUUCACCUCAGAGGAUGAUGAGAGGAUCCACAUGGUGAACAACUUCCGGCCGCCACAGCCACUGAAGGGCCGUGUGGUCAAGGCCUCCUUCCGGGCCUGAGAUGCCCUCCUGCCCAGCCGGCCACUAGGGCACCAUCUUCCCAAGGGCUUCCACGUCAGCAGACACCAAACCAUCCGAGGCUCCCUGCCUGAGGGGUGCUGUGGUCCCCCCUUCAGCUGGCUUGCUCCUUGGCCACCCUGGAGGCUUCUUGACGGAACCCUGGAGUCAGGGACACCCUUCAGCUGCCCUGGGGACAGGAAGGACAGGAGCUGAGCGUGGUCCAAGCCUGGGGCUGCCUCUGCUCUCCAAAGGCCCCUAGGAACCUCCUCUUGUCUUCCCAAUGGCAGUGGCAGCAGCCCCACCCGGAGCUCACACUGUGAUGGACGAGACCCAGCUCUCUGGGGCAGGCAGCUGGCAUUGCCAGAAAGACUCAAGCAAUAAUUAGAGGUGGGCAGAGCUGCCCUCUCGGUGUUACCUCUUCUGCAGGCCUCUGCCAUGCAUACAUCUGCCAGGCCAUUAUAAUCAGCACCCAGCCUGCUGGAGGUGACAUGGCCUUCUCCCUCCAGCCCCCUGCUGCCAUGGGCAGAUGCUGGCUACAAAUUAUGUCGUAUCUUCUCUCAUCCCCACCCAGCCACCAGAGCCACCUACAUGACAAUCCAUCCAUGCAUUGAUUAAUAAAUUCAUUCAU